AUGGAAGAGGCGGCGUGGGAGAGCAAUCAGGUGCAGAUGGAGAAGAAGAGUGCAAAGAUGAAGGGGAAGGCAAAAGGCAGAGGGAAAGGGAAAGGUCAGAAGAGAAAGGAAAAACAGUUCGAGAAGGGCCAGAAGCAGAAGCACGUGCAAGAGCCGGAAAAUGAGGAGGAGGACGAAGAGCCAGAUGAACCAGAAGAGCCAGAGGAAGCAGAUGAUGAAUCAAAUGAUCUAGAGCAGAAAGACAAGACUGAGAAGCAGAAAGCUCGCAAAAGACGAAAGCGAAGAAGAACUUGUCAGAAAAAGACAUUGAGUGACUAUGACAAAAAGAUCAAAGUUGUGAAGAGACACUUGGCAGCCUUGGGGGUGACAUGGCAGAGGUCUCAAUAUAUGCACUCCCGGAGGCCUGUGUGCCCAGAGGACAUGUCAUGCAAGAAACAAGGCGGUUUCCUGCACAUGCAAAAGCAGCUGGCCGAGGCCAACCUGGAGGAGAUCAAGUGCAAAACAUGCUUAGCGAUGCUGAGCGAGGCAAAAUUUGACGAAGACACUUUGAGGCAGGAAGUGAAGGAGAUCAUGGGGGACGUGUGGAAGUCACCUCUUCAAAGAUUGAAGGAGUCUUUGCAGAGCUUGGAGAAUUCCUGUCCGGAUGGUGACGCCCAGCCAGCAUUGCAAGCAGGAGAGGAAACUAUGCCAUUGCCAAUUCAAGAUGUGGCCCCAGGUGAAGCGAGCCUUGGUGCUGCCGAGCUUCCUGAGAGCAGUGAGCCUCCCCCACCUCCUGUCAAGAAGAGUCGCCCCAAGACAAAGCUUACAGAAGAAGAGUUGCAAGAGGAGGAGAAGGCUUGCAUUGAAUUCAUUGGAAAAAUGAAAGUUCUUGAGAUCUUGCAGCCAGGAACUUGUGGAAAGAAGGUGCCUCUUCGCUGCAAGGUGUGCAAAAGCAGCGGCCAGCCAAAUGGAAAAGUGUUUGAAUGUCACCGCAUGAUUAGGCAAGAUGUAGAGCAUUGGGUGGAUCAACACCUUCGAGGGACCACGCACAUGGCAGCCUUCGACAGGUGGAGGGCUGCAGGGGAACCCAGUGGAAUGGAGGUGGAACAACCAGUCCUGGACGAUGCUCCACUUGCUCCUUGCGAAGGAGCGUCGCUAACCCAUGGCGAUGAGCGACUUUCUUCUUUCAAAGUAGAGUUCAAGCUUUGGGCUUCUCACAGCAAGCUUUCUUCGGCACUUUCCAAGCACCAGUACAAGUACAACCUUGCUUCAGAGGAGCUGUUGCUGUACCACUCCAAUUGCUCAAAGUUUGUGCGUUCGACAUCCCAUUCAGACGGUCAACGUGCCGUUUGCAGAUCUUGCUCUUCAGGUCCACAUAUCCUGACCAGCGUGAAGAACAUGAUCAGAUUCUGCACCAAGUAUUGGCUCGCCAAGGUCUUGCAUUCGCGACUCUUCCGCUCAGACGAAGCCAGAGAACAGUUGCUUGAAGAGCUCACAUCCACGAACUUGUACCGGAUGCACAAGGCCAACAUCGAUGAAAAGUUGAAGAUGAACAAUGGUGACUUGCAGACCUUUGAGCAAACCAACCAGCCAUUGGAGGAAUUCAUGGACCGGAUUGUGCACCCGUGCUUGUCGGUCCAAGUUGCUGAUGCAAACCCAGAGCUACGCCACCUUUCCAACCAAUUGGCAGCAACACUGGCUACCAACCAGUUGGGGGAGUGGUCUCAACUGUCUGCAAGGCUUGCGCAGGCUUGCUGCGCCGGACGCCUGCAGCAGAGACCUGCGUUUGUCGGACUGCUCUGCCAGUUUUUGGACCUCAUAGACCGGGAGGAUCGAGGCGUCAUGACGCUCAAGAAGCCUCGGCAGAUGUCAGAGAAGGAAAGGGAGAUGGUUCUUGAAGCAUCCACAUUACUGGCUCUCAACGGGGUUGGAGAGCAGGUGAUGCGAUCCUUUGGCUUUUCCAAGAGGCAGAUCUUGAGAGCAGAAGGUCGAGCCACGAACUUGCUGGCGCAGGGUCUUCCGUGUGGGGCGCUUGCUUUGCUGGACAAGGAGACUAUGUCUACAAAUGCAACACUCAUCGACAGCCUUGCGCCAAGGACACCGGAGCAGCCUGCUCGCAGGUUUUGUCUAUGCUUUGACUUUACCUACCUGGCAAAGCAGCGCGCGCAAAUGAUGCUCUUCAACAAACAUGGUGUGGUGGGAGCACCAUUCUGCAUGGGUGAUUUGAAUGCAGACAAGGUUGCGCCAGGAUGUUUCCAACCAAUUGAUGCGAACGGAAAGUGCCGAUUGAUUGAGCAGCAGAAAGCCAAUCGAGUGAUGGAAUUCCUCAUGUGGGACCCUACUGGCAAGCACAUUUACCCAUGGUCUGCAACAUCGUUGCCUAUCAGCUUGAAGUGGCUGAACGGAGAGCAGACAGAUAGCACCUUCGCCCCUUGCUUUCCAACUGUUUAA